CGGUAGAGUGCAAUCUAGCCUAAAAAACAACAACAACACGCAAUGGAUCCGACGAUGAGCGGAAAGUGUUGAAUAAUUGUGAAUAAAGAGGAAGCCGAUCUGUUCAGAAGACACCUGAGUACUGCCAUGAGUCAGGUGUCUGACUUCAGCCAUCAGGCCUUGGUUCAACAUGGACAAGAGCUUAUAUCUACGCUUCCCACUCUAGUGAGACCUCACAGAUCUGUGACACUCGCACGACCAAGGAAGGCCCCGAUCCGACGACAACCCACAGGUGACAAACGAAGAUCCACCAUUGUGAGGUUCAAGUCCUGUGCGCUUGAGCACCCUCUCUACACAUCAACAGCAACGGUGAAUCACACAGAGUUGUUAACCAAAGGUCCGGGUAGGCGACCGGACACCACCAUCUCCCUUCCGACUAGUGGGACACAGUCUGACCUGAGAAACAAGAUCAUUGAGUUGUAUCCUAUUCUCCACACUAUACCUUUUGAGUUGAUGGUGGGUCAGGCAAGAUGCAAGUUGGAGUUGAUUCCGAUGGAAAAGUCUCUUCAACAGAUUAAAGCUGAUAACAAAUCAUGUGGCUUUGUGAGACUCUGGGUCCUACCCGACUACCACAUUGGUCCCCAGAUAAUUGACCCUACACCAGCCGCCUCAAUGCCAGCCGUCAAUGCCAACGCGGUGUUUGUUUGCGCGCGCGUGAUAUUUCAUAUUUCGUUCUCAUAACACUUAGUCAUGCAUUAAGGGGUUCGGAAAUGAAUUGGCACAAAUUUUCAUUAAUAUUGCGUAUCGAGAGCAACAACCUCGCUUCACUGCGCAAGUAUUGUAUGCUGGAGUGCUUAAACUGUUCAGACAAAAUAUUGACCAGCAUGAUAUGCUGAGCAAAUUUGGAUGAUGUCUUCAAAAUCGGUGUUCUUGUUUAUUUUUUAACAAAAAAUUACACGUUAACAGGUGCUUUGCAUAACCCGAAAUAUUUUGCUGCUAUUCAGCUGACCAGGACGUGAAAUCUCUAACCUCAAUAGUGCGUGUCAGAUGUUAUUGAUGCAUUCAAAGUAAUUACGUAAACUAAAAUUUGUUUUGCGGGUUAACUGUUUAUAUAACCACGACCAUGAACUCACACAUUUAUUAUGACUAGCACGUAUCGCUAUAUGUGGUUGUACAUGACGCAAUUUUGUCUUAAUGUUAUCAGCCGGGUCCGGUUAAAGCUUUUACUCCACCCUUUCAAGUAUUUUUGUUUAAUGCUUAAGUUACUUUUAUGUAACCGAAUACUGUUUAAGGCUUAUGUAAAUAUGAAUCAAAUUUGUGGAUGAUGCUCUUUUAUAUAAGGAGAUCGCUUCCAAAGCUUUGUCAAGACAAAACUUAUUUCCAUUUAUAUAUCCAACAAAGGCAUGUUGAUAAGUGAAACUGAUUUUUGGACCCUUUUAGCUGUAUACGAGUUAUUGCCUACUUAAACAAGGGUGUUUAAUUUCAAUCGUAAUAUCUCUGCAACAUAUGAUUCUUUAUAUUUUAUAAUAAAAAUUGAAUGUUCGAAUAUGGCGGAAUGAAGUAACACUUAUCGAAAAUUAAACCUGAAUACACGGUCGGUAUAAAUCAUCGUCGCGUAAGUGGAUAAAACAAUGUGUAGGUAUUUUGCUCAAUUAAACCAUAUCAAUCGGGGACCGAUACAAACAAUAUUAUUUGUAUAGAUGCCUGUAUCAAUCUAUGACAUGUGACAUAGUAAUCAAAGACGCGUGACAUAUAUAUCACAUGUAGGCGUAGCAAGGUAAGAUUUUCGAACUUGCACACAAUGAACGGUGAAUGUCUUAUAAGCAACGAAGUAUAGACAUAAGUAUCAUACCAUCUAUUUAUCAGAAUUGGAAAAAAAAC